AUGCUACCUCCAUACAUACUUGCUUCGAUCCUGCGGAGGUGUCCCUGCCGAGAAUCCCAGAUAUCGCAGCUAGCGAUUUACUAUAAUAACAUCUCCCCGAGUCCUCCGAUCCUCGUCGCCAACGGCCUCGAGAACACGAGCAAGACAGAGAUCAUUCUUAACAUUUUAGAAAAGGCGAAUGUACAACAUGCUCUGAUCAGAGGUAGAGAAUGCCUGACUCAGAGACACCUUCUCUCCAAAAUCUUUGCGGCCUGCAUUGCCGGGUUGGAACAAGAAUCGCACCUCGAACAAUAUGAUAGGGUUGACAGCAUCAAUGCCUUGCUGGGCAAUCUUCGCAGACUGAGUGAAAGAGACAGGGAGAGGAAGUUUGUGGUUGUCAUUGAGGCUAUCGACAAGCUGAAGCAAGCCGGACCAACACUACUCCCAGCACUUGCACGACUAGGUGAUCAGGUUCCUGAAUUCUCGAUCCUCCUCACAUCGAGCUCUCCGAAGCCUCUCUUACUUCAUAAGCCUGGUGUCCCAUACGUCCACUUUCCUCCGUACACCAGAUCCGAGGCACUGCGAAUAGUCACUUUAGGGCGACCGUCGCCGUCUGCAUCAGAGCUUGGAAUGGAAGAAGAGAGCACUGCAAGACUCUACGCGCAGUUUGCGAUUACGAUCUACGACUCCCUUCUCCUGGCAACUUCAUCAACUUCACUCACAGCAUUCGCAUCGCUUUGUGACAAGUUAUGGCCGAUAUUCGUCCAACCCAUCACCUCAGGCGAGCCGGCACCAGGAAUGGGCAAGAAUAAAUGCUGGGACUUUGCGAAGCUUCUUGUCCGAGGCCGCUCAAUCUUCCAACUUGAGGGUGAGAAGGCUCUGACCACAACCCUGCCUGUUGAACUCUCGCAAGGACAAUUCCGUCCUAUAACCGACCAGACGCAUAUAAACGGAACGAAUCACAUAGUCGGCCGAGGCGGAAAUGUGAUGUCAAGCUCGACCAUCUCGAAGACCUCUCAACAGCAACGGCCACCGUUGUUGAAGCACUUCCCAACUCUUCUUCUUCUGGCAUGUUACCUUGCUAGUCAUACUGCACCUAAACACGACAUUCUACUAUUUUCACGCUUGAGCUCUGCCUCGAGCGCAACUAGCAAGAAGAUCCGGAGACUGAGACAGACGCCGACAAAGAGAAAAACCACUUCGGAACUUACAACACCGACCAAGUCACGCAACAAGUCCAUUUUCGCUGCAACUGCCAAUCUGGGUAUACCCAAAUCAUUCUCCUUGGAAAGACUACUGGCUAUCCUCCGUGCCAUUCACCCGCACGGCAUUCCAAACCGCCCGGGGAACGUAGUGAGUGAUCGAGUGUACCGAGAACUGGGUGAGUUGGAGAAACUACGGCUGGUGGUGCGAACUUCUGGGACAGGCAUAGGUGGUCUCUCAGCAGCCAGUGGUACAAGCACUCUUGCCGCAGAUGAUAUGACCGAAGAAAAAUGGAGGAUCAACGUCGGUAGAGAAUGGGUUGUCAGUAUGGGACAUGUUUGGGGAAUGGGAGUCAAUGAGUAUGAGAUUGAGCAAGAUUCCUGAAUCUAGGAGGGGAGGGCUCAAGUGGUUUUGAGGGGGUUAAAUGAAUAUGAUGAAGCAAUGACCUAGAUCAAAACGAACUUGUU